CAUCUGUCAAAUUGAUAAAUAUCAACACAAACUAAUGGAAGAGGAGGUGCCUGGUGAAGGUAUCGCCCUAUUCACCCAAGAUGUAGAACCAACACCUCAAUUCUACGUCGAACAAAUUGUAGAAAACAAACUAUGCUUCGAAGAAGCUUCUAGAUGCUUAACUACUUUGGGAAAGGAUGAGAGCGCUGUAAGAUUCGCCUAUUUAAUGCUUUCAGCUAUAGACAAGAAGCUGACAGACGUAUCAGUGAUAGUAAAUUUCAGCCAUUUACAAUUUGUGGAUGUGAGCGGAAACUAUUUGACUACAGAAGCACUGCAAGUAUUAACACAACUGCCCUUCUUGAUUUACAUUAGAGCUUCCAACAACAAGGUAGAAUCUGCAUGUUUUAGUACCAUGCACUACCUACAAGUACUCAUUUUGAACAAAAAUUUUGUCAGGGAAACUGGUGAUAUAUCGCAACCAAUACUUGAGACGUUGGAACUAGCCGAUAACUAUAUCUACACCGUACAAUUUGAUCCAGAUCGUUUGGAAAACCUCAAGGAACUGGUACUAAGUUCAAAUCAUCUGUUGGACACCACCGGAAUUUACCCAAAGAAUCUGGAAAGACUAUUUAUGGGCAAAAACAAGAUAAGCAGGAUAAAUACCGAUUUAACUCUUUUGAAGUACUUGAAGUACCUACAUUUAAGGGAUAAUAACAUAAGAAAGCUGUCGGGUUUCACCGAAGUGUUGGAAAACCUUUCUUACCUUAAUUUGAGGGGCAAUAAGAUCAAUAAAUUAAGACAGUUGAGGAAAUUAAAGUGUUUGCCGAAGUUGGAGACAUUAAUUGUAUUGGACAAUCCAUUUUAUAGGAAGGACCGUGUUGGUAGUGAAUAUAGAGGAGAGAUAACAGCCACUUUGACCGACCUGACGGUAAGAACCGAAAUGGACGAAGCAACCGCAAGGCCUCAAGUGGAUACGAUUCGGGUCCGUAUUUUGGCAAUUUUGCCGAACUUGAUCAGGCUAAACAAAGACUUCGUCAGUCUAGAAGAAACUGAAGUAGUGGAAUCGACGAGGCAAAGCUUGUUAGAUGAAAUAUACGGGGAAGAAAGCAGUGAGGAUGACACUGAUAUUGCUAGUACGACUGAUUAUACUACAGACUUUACAGAUACUGAUGUGGAGAUUGCCGAUACUAGAAAAUAUGGCACGGAAGAAGGUACCGAUGUUAAACUAGAAUCGAAAACUGUGGAAUUUUUGGGUGUUAAAGAUUAACAAUAAAGUCAUUUGGUAUUUA